GCGGUAAUCCUAGCGACAGUGUCGCUCUCUGGCUUUUUGUGGAUUAUGAAAAUUGGGGGCAAAAUGAUGCUAGUUACGUUAGUUUUCCUGGUCUGUGCUGGUGGCACAAUUGCCGAAAGCGUCACUGGUCUAACUGUGAGAGGGCGCGAAUCACAGGGGCCGACUGGUCAGGCUCUGAACAGUCUGCUGAUGUCGCUGGUCGGUCGGUCGCCUUACAACACAUCCGCCGGCCAGAUCGCUCGUGUUACACAAGCGCCACAACUGGCGAUUCACCUGUCAAAAGCGAAGUUCGAUGACUCUAUUUCCCAAAGCACGGCGACGCCAUUCAUUGACAUAGCGCAGGAAAGAAUAGACGAAAAUGAGGAAGAACUGGCACAAAUUCGAGAUGCGAGGCGCAAUCUUGCUGCAAACCUUGACACGUUGUACGCGUACGAGAUCCCCAACAUUCCGCAGGAAAAGGGGAGACUGCGGGACUAUCUCCGGAACCCACCUUUCUUAACUCGUUACGGACCCACAUACAAGACGACGCUAGCUACUCCGGAACACUUCACGAACAGGGGAAUAGACACAGUUGAAAUGUCUCCCAUAACCAUGCUUCUCCAAGACGAAUCCACUGAAGCACACAAACUCCGUGGGGACCUAGAGAAGUCAGUGUUAGCGCUGGAGCGCGGAGAUUAUGUAUCUCCAGGAGACCUCAUCGCUCUGGAGGCAACGCCAGAGAUAUAAGGAGUCUAGAACGAGCUGCUGCUAGCUAUUCCUGGGUGUGUUUGCUAUGACGUUCCUCUUCUGAGGUACUGUGGUGGCUUUCAUUCAUUCAGACACUCUUCGUUCCAGUGAGCUCUGUCGUAGCUAAGACUAAACUUCAUCACAAUGGUUAAACCCUGUCUGGGAAACAAGUACCCGUGAUUUGAGAGCGGGACGGUCACCGGCAGCGUGGUUCACACCCAGGAUUGUUUCUCUAAGAAGGUCAUUCUGUACUGAACACCGCCUUGGUCACAACAGAUCUCAAACUCAUCGUUCACUUGUAUAGGAAGCAGUCCGCAUAAACUAGGUACAAGCGGCGCCCGACCGACUGCAGGGUAACAGUGGACUUCUUUCUUAAGAUGUGAUGGGCGCACAAAUAGAAGUCAAAAGAACCUGACGAGAUUGAACCACAUUGGUAUCUAGAU